UAGUUUAUGGUGAUACAAUAACAGUACGAGUGACCAUUUGAGACCGUCAGUGAGUGAAAACGGUUACACGCCUACUCGAAAAACAGAUCAUUCAUCAAUACUCUACAGUCAGGUGUUAAAUUAUUCUACCGUGGAUGAUUUAGCCCGCCAUCUCUCUCGGACGCCUCCUCAGUGUUUUUAGCAAAAGGAUGAAAUAGUUUCUGUGGCACAACUACGGAACAUAUUUGACCAUUUCUGAGCUGAAGCACACUCAGCCAUAGUUUGCUACAGAAAUGGUUUCGCUGAGCAUUUUUAUGCCUCUGGAUCUUUUUCAAACCACCUGAUUUUCUUACACUUGAGCAGGACCGAGUGGUUUUGGCACAUUAGUAUGCAUGUUCGAGGCGCAACAUGUCUUUGUGCAUGAAUGCUGGGCAGUCAUAACUGAUCUGGGGAAAAACAAGGGGAAACUCCCCCUCGGAAGUCUUCUGAACAAUGACCGGACCAAGCGCCACCAGCAGCGGCUCAACGACCAAGACCAGCAGACACGGUCGGUCCAAGAGCACCAGUAGCUACUGUCACACUACCGGUACGCCGGCUGAACCCACUUCAUCCACUGCCGCAAACAACACCGAGAGGUCUUCCGGUGAGGAAGACGAGAAAGACGGCGGGGUCCCGUUUUUCGUGAACAGGACGGGCUUUCCCAUAGACACCGUCACCUGGGAGAGAAUGUGGUCACACGUCACCAAAGUUCAUCCUGAUGGCCAGGAGAUGGUGGAUAAAAUACGAAAUGCAACACACCUCCCUAAACACCCCGUGCCAUCGGUUCCAAACUUUAAGCCAUCAAUGUCUGUGCCUGAUUGGCUCCAUGCCGUCCAGAACUACAUGAGAAACUUGCAAUACAACCAUACGGGAACGCAGUUCUUUGAGAUUAAGAAAACCAGACCUCUGAGUGGGUUGAUGGAGACCGCCAGAGAGAUGAUACGAGAAUCACUUCCCAUCAAAUGCCUUGAAGCAGUUAUCCUUGGAAUCUACCUAACCAACGGUCUGACCUCCGUGGAACGGUUCCCCAUCAGUUUUAAGACCCAGUUCUCUGGCCACCACUUCCAUCAUGUGGUGCUGGGCGUUUACUGUAAUGGCCGAUAUGGCACUCUGGGUAUGAGUCGACGUACUGACCUUAUGGACAGAUCUCUGAGCUUCCGUACACUCAGCGAGUUGGUGUUCGACUUUGAGGACUCGUACCGCCGCUACCAGCACACCAUGAAGAAGAUCAAAAUCGGCCUGUACGUGCCCCACAAUCCGCACGUUUUCCAGCCUAUUGAGUGGAAUUAUCUGGUGAUCAACGCCUGCAGGCAGGGCUGUGAGGACAUGCGUAAAGAGCUGGAGAAGCAUGGCCGUGACAUGAGGAUGAAGAUCCUCAAGUCAUCCAGUGCUCAGUCUCCAAUCAAAGAACGAACACGAGGCAAGUCUUUAUCACCACGCCGCCGACCAGGCAGCAGUCCCCAAAGAUGCCAACAUGUCCACAGAAGAGACAAAUCGCCAGCAGCACUGGACAGAAAGCCGGCAGAGCUCAGCACCCUCAGUGAUGGCUACCAGAUUCGCAUCUGAGACACUAAACGUAUCCAGCUUUAUCCUCCACAUGUCCUCCCUCAAUCAGAUCCACAGAUGAUGUUUUUAAACACUAUUUAAUGCACAUUGUGAACUGUACAGCAUAUUAAACAUAUUUAUAGUUGUACUUUCAUGUUAGAGGGAAAUUGGUUGCUGUUCUGUUUUCGACAGAAUAUGAUAUUCCUUUUUAAAUAGUGGAAAGUUUAAGAGUGAAGGAUAUCAAUUUUGCUUUAAAAGUGUUUUUUUUUACCCUAGUAAUUGUCAAGCAUUUUAGAAGACAAAAAAAAUUGUGACUGAAAUAUUCAAGCAAAUAUGGAAAAUGUGGGGAAAAGGCUCUAUUUUUGGACCUGUCUCCACUAGCAGUGAGAGCUGGAGUGUGAAUGGAUUGUGCUUGGCAGAGAGAUGUAAACCUCAGUGCCUCGUGCUGUGCUUCUGGUAGUUUUAGAGGCUGACUGGCCCGGAGGAGAGAGAGGACAAAAGCUUUUUUGCCAGAGGCGUAAGGACACAAGGGACCUAAGCUUCAGAGAGCUACUCAUUCUGCCCCAAAGAACUGUAUUCAACCCACUUUACUUUAUUUUUUUGUUACCUGCAUACAUAAUAUGGAUGGAAUGGACACGAUUUAUUGACUAAGGUUUGAUGUUACCUUACAUUUGAAGGCUUUGUACUGUUUUUAUUUCUGCAGUUGUAGAGAAAUAGUUACUUUUUUAAAAGUAUUUAAACAUUUAUUUUUCUUGUUUUUACUUUGUUUAACCAGUAUAAUAUUUUGUGGUUUUUACAUAUUUUUUUAUUUUUAUUUUCUUUUAAACAAAAUCUCUCAGAGGUGUGAAAGUUGAUGUGCUAUUGAUUGACCCAUCUGUUGCAAAUAAUCCUUAAUUUCCCACACACUUAUUUGGAAAAUAUAACUUAUUUCUUUUUCAUUUUUAUAGCGACCGAGAUAUAAUCUUGGCUAAUAAACAUAAAUUAAGCAUAAGUGGGUUUUUAGGGAGCCGUUAAAGCAAGUUAAUUACCUAAACUUUACUAUGAAGGGCCAGAAACAUAACUUUAAUUGAGGGCCAUGGUUCAAAAGUAAUUACUGCUUUAUAUAUGCACCUAUGUUAUAUUAAAAUGUAUUUUUUUUAAUUUUUAAAUCAAAUUCACUUACAUUCUCUACAAUGCUAAAAUGGAAAGAAAUACUAAAGAAAAAAGAUAAAAUAGAAAUGACGAUAUGCUAUUAUUUCUUGUUUCCCCCCAGUUUCCCCCCUCUAGUGACAUGACAGGCCAAAAUAGGCAACUUUGACCAAAGGGUCCUGGUUUGCGCAUCUCUGUCCUAAAGAGACAUGGUGACGGAAAUAAAAAAUUCAACGCUUUUGUGUUAAAAACUUUUAGAUUCCCCUGAGAGACUUUGCUGCGAGCAAAUGCAAAAGCAUUCAUAUAUAAUUUUUAAUAUGAAGUGGGAGAAAAAGAGUUUCUAUAGAGAAUGCAAACAUUUUGCGAGGGAACCCAAAAGCAUUGAAAUAAGCCAUUUUCCUCUCAUCACAUUUUUUUUUCCAUCAUUAGGCCUUAUCUUAUAGGACCCCUUGGGUUCUAACAAUAGGAUCACAACUGCAAUCAUUCAAGGAUACACAAAAUAUCAUCUCUUUAUCAACAGCAUAUCACUUGAGUUUUCUCACCUUGUGAGAAUAAGCUAUGCACGUGGAGAAGGUCUGUGGAUCCGUCCUUUUUGACAGCAGACCUGUCUUUAAAAUUGUAGCAGUGACAUUGUUAGCAAUUCUUCAUGGGUUGUAUGAGCGGUUCCUCUCUGAACGAUGCUUUUUGGGUGCUGAUGACUAAACUACCACAUUAUAGCUCAUUCUGCCUUGUAAUUGGUACCAGCUUUCUAUCAAAAGCUACUGAACCACACAAGUGCCAGACCAUUGAAUACGUCCAAUUCAUCCUUUGGGCUGAGGGUUUCAGUCACAUGAAGAUGAAAAGUCACGAGUUUCAGUGACAAAUCUAAUGCACCAUGUUGAAUUGCUCAGACUCUUUAUGGGAGAGAAGUGGUCUGCUGCUAAUUUGGCAUGCGAAGAACACCACAUUGUUACAGAUUUCUAUCAUUUAUAACUUGUUUGGUAACUAAUCAGAUGUGUGAAAUUGUGAGUGAACUUUUUAUGGCAGAUAACGUCAAGUAUUAGUUGUUUAAAAAUAGCUUUCUGGUUUUAAGGAAAUGCAAUGAUUUUUGCUCAAAGGUGCUAAGAUGAGACAUUUUAACUAUUAUUAUAAAAUUCAGUUAUUUUAGUAUUGACUUUUUUAUGAUUAAAGAGCACAUUAAACUGACGUUUCUGUAGCACAAUGAUUAAGAACUGAAUUACAAGAUACAUGUUAGGGUUAUGUAUUACCCUACCAAAAAAUUCAUAAGUGAAAUGGAUAUUCAUGAUAUUAUAGAUGCUUUUGUAGAGGUCUAAUACAGGCUUGUCUGAAAAUACAAUCAAUUUUGAUGAAUGAUAAGUAAUCAAAAUUUUAAGGGAAAUGUUUUCUUAGUAAGAAUGUUAAUGAUGUGACUUUAUGAUGAAGACCUCAACUCAAACUUGUCCUCAGUUUUCUGUGCAUAUCUUUCGUAUUAUAAAUGUAUUGCCUAAAUAAGGACUUUAUAAAAUUAAAUUAACCCUCAACUGUUUUACAUACAUUUUUCCUAAGCCUUACAGCAGCUUGCACCUUCAAUCCUCUUUUCUGUCACAAAUUUGUGUCUGGGUUGCCUCAAUUACCCCAUGAGAAAACAUUAAUGUCAUUUGUUCACCCCUCUGUAGCAUGUUUUAAUAAAACUGUUUUUCUGUAAA